ACUGGUGUUUAGCAAAUGUAAAUGGGCUCACGGUUGUUGGCCCAACAAGGACCUCCUCCAAGAAGCUUCAGUGUCAUGCUGUGAAGUAGCAAUGGUGUUGAAAUUAAGUUUGGGCCUUAGGCCCAAACCACACACACGCACCACGAGUAUCCAAUCCAUGGCCAAUUCUGAUUCUCAAAUGCUACCCGAAUCCAAAGCAUUCAUGUACUCCCUUGGGAAACUCAGUAUUGCUGCAGAAACAUACCUCCUCAACGUUCACCGCUCCACCGUAUUUUGAAUACACGCUGCCGCCUCUCCUUCAAUCGCGACGGAUGGUUGCUCUUGCUUCAUUCAACGUUCAACGGCAGCUUCAUCUCCUUGAUGAAAGUUGGAAGGAAAACGGAAACGAAAUCGAAGAGAGAUCAAUAGAUUGCACAGGUAACGAAUUCACCUUGACUCGAUCUUCUUCUUCCUUUUGAUUUAUUUUAUUGCAUUCUGUUCGAACCUCUUCUUCUUCUUCUGUUCGGAUUCUGAUUUGUUGUUUAUCGCGGAGUGUGGUUGACGGCGAAGAGCGGAGUUGGCGCAUUGUGAGUGUGGUUGACGGCGAAGAGCGGAGUUGGCGCAUUGUGUUCCGAGAUGAGGCUCGAAGAUCUCGCUCGCGUAUGUUGAGGUGAAGACGAAUAUUAGAGGAUCUUCGGUUUGUGCAUACUUCCAAGCUCCGGUGUGAUUUCAGUGAAGAUAUGAGGCUUUUGACAGUGAAGGUUUGAGGCUUGUUGAACAACAUUUGUGAUCCAACUUAGAUGUUUUGAGACACUUUUAGGUGACCCGUUUUUCCUAGUGACUUUGUUUUUUCUUUUUGCCGCUUAUCCGUCCAAUUAAUCCAACGGAUAUGAGUGAUCACAUGAGAGAAUACGGCAGUAGUGGAUACCGAUCCCAUUUUUGAAAAACCGACCCAAACUCUUCUUCUCUCCUCCGCCUUCUCACAAAAACAAACUCACACCGCCGCUUUCUCCCUCCGCCGUAACUCCACCUUCUGUUCCGUCAUUUCCAAUCACACAAGUUUCUCUAUUCAGCCACCCUUCACUGCCACCGCUUCAUUUUUGAGUGUGGUGUGAUGGGUGAAGGUGCAGAAUACAAGAGCGAUUUGAAGAAGGAGAAGGUGUUGAAAGCCUUAUUGGAAGAUCCAAUACUCAGUGAUGUACCAAAGAAUCCAUCUUUGGAAGAUGUGGAAACACUGAUUGGACUUGAAUUGGGUAGUGCAAUGCGAAUUUCCGUUUUGAAAUUGGAUUCAACUUCGUUGGAUGUGAUUGUUAUGAAUACGGCAACGGUGAAGGUUUUGAAACUUGCUAUCAAGAAGAAAGUGAAUUACAUGGAACAAUCUAGCAUGGGUCAUCGUCACAUUUCUUGGAAGAGUGUGUGGGCUAAUUAUUGUUUGUCAUUUGAUAAUAACAAACUCUUAAAUGAUGAUGAUGCGCUUCAAGAUUUGGGUGUGAGGAAUAAUUCUCAGGUACAUUUUGUACCAUAUGUGAUGACAAAAGAAUCUAGAAAACACUCAAAAAGGAGAAAUCAUCGGUUUUUUCAUGGUCUUAGUAAGCUUUUCUGAUCAAACAUGUUGAGAGUUUAACCUUGUCGUUUUUGAUAUCGGUGUUGGUUGAGUAUUCAGUUCUAUCUCAUUACUUGCUUUAAAAGGCUGAGCAUGCCCAACAAACAGUCGCCUCAUCGUUGAUUCUUAUUUCAGGUUGUUUGUAGUUUGCGACUGGCAUUUCCUAGCAUAGAAUUAGAUAAGCCAGUGACACUCAUUUUUGUCUAAACAUGUACUAUAUGGACAAUUAUAAGUUUUGUCUUAGUACUUAGAGAUAUUGUGUGAAAUCCCUAUGUUGAACUGAAACUAUCUUGUGAGAAGCCACCAACAUAUUGGAAGUGUAUAAUUGCUAUA